GUUCAGACGUCUGCUCUUCCGUUUCAGAAAGCCGCACCUUGUCCAUGCCUCAAGCUUAGGAACCAGUUCAGACAUCAAGUGAGACACAGAGCCAAGAAGCCCUCACCAUUCUUUCAGGAGCGCAUCGGGAAUGCACAGGACUAUAUCCAGGAGGAGACUAUUGUGCUCUCCAACAGGCACACUGACGAGGGUGUUCAGGGCUUCUGUCAAAGCAUCCAUGAUGACGGCCCUCACUCUGACACCCUGGAGGUGAGUGUGGAUGUGACGCCUGUGAUGUCAGAGUGUGAAUCCAGAAGUGCUCUGUAUACCACCCAUGCUGAGAGCUGUGGUAAACCCAGCUUGCAUAUGGAUCAAGAGGAUGCAGAAUAUGCUACACUUCCUGAGGAAGAAACAUUAACAUUGGCUGCUGGAACAAAUGGAAAAGAUGAACCUGAAGCGUCAUCUGACGUUAGUAGCUGUCAGAGGCAAGAGGAGGAGGAGGUGGCAGAGGAGGAGAACCACACAGCAGUUAAUGUACCAGAAAGCCUGGUCAUAUGGGACUCAUCAGCAACAUCUCAAGUGAACCAGGAAGACGAAGCUAUAGUGCAGAAGAGGGAGAGCACUGUGAAUGAAGUCGAACAAACAACCUUCCAAUCAAGUCCAGCUAAUGCUGGCAUAGUUUUAUCCCAUCAGUAUGAAAGUGGACUGUCACCACUAAAAGAAGUCAUGGGCACUGUAGACGAAAUUCUGUCAUGCCCUGUUGAUUUCCAUGGCAAACGUGGACUUGAUAUCCGUCAUAGAGAAGAACCUGAGUCUGCAGAUGAUGGUCCUCAGCGUAAAAUCAGUGAUCCUCAGCCACCGGAGGUGCUACUUUACCAGACGGCACGUCUUUUAGUACAGGCAGCGAUGGAAGCUGCUUUAAGGCAGUUGGAAAAGGACCUUGUGGGCUCAAUUGCAGGAUAUUAUGAGGACACUGGAGAUUACUAAGUCACAGU